AUGCCGCACCGCGAGCGCGGCAAGCAGCGAGAAGGCGGCGACUCGUACCGCCCCUCGAGGCCAGCGCGUUCACGCUCGCGCUCGCGAUCGCCGCCUCGCGCGCCGGUGCCCGUGCGGACGGAGGAGGAGAAGCAGGCGGCGGCAAAGGCCGAGUACGAGAAGCUGCUCAACAUGCGGUCGGGCGGCACGUACAUCCCGCCGGCGAGGCUGAGGGCGCUGCAGGCGCAGAUCACGGACAAGAGCAGCAAGGAGUACCAGCGGAUGGCGUGGGAGGCGCUCAAGAAGAGCAUCAACGGCCUGAUCAACAAGGUCAACACGGCCAACAUCAAGCACAUUGUGCCCGAGCUGUUUGGCGAGAACCUGGUGCGCGGCCGCGGCCUCUUCUGCCGCUCCAUCAUGAAGGCCCAGGCCGCCAGUUUGCCCUUCACGCCCAUCUACGCCGCCAUGGCCGCCAUUGUCAACACCAAGCUGCCGCAGGUCGGCGAGCUGCUGGUCAAGCGCCUCAUCAUGCAGUUCCGCAAGGGCUUCAAGCGCAACGACAAGGCCGUCUGUCUGUCGUCGACCACCUUCCUCGCCCACCUCAUCAACCAGCAGGUGCAGCACGAGAUGCUGGCCGGCCAGAUCCUGCUGCUGCUGCUGCACAAGCCGACCGACGACAGCGUCGAGAUUGCCGUGGGCUUCUGCAAGGAGGUUGGCCAGUACCUCGAGGAGAUGCAGCCUGCCAUUUCCAUGGCCGUCUUCGACCAGUUCCGCAACAUCCUCCACGAGUCCGACAUUGACAAGCGAACGCAGUACAUGAUUGAGGUGCUCUUCCAGAUCAGGAAGGACAAGUUCAAGGAUCACCCGGCCAUCAAGGAGGAGCUGGACUUGGUGGAGGAGGAGGACCAGAUCACGCACAAGGUGGAGCUUGAUGGCGAGAUUGAUGUGCAGGACGGACUCAACAUCUUCAAGUACGACCCGGAGUGGGAGGAGCAUGAGGAGGCAUACAAGAGGCUCAAGGCGGAGAUUCUGGGCGAAGCCAGCGAUGACGAGGAGGGCGACGAGGACGAGGACGAGGACGAGAGCUCCGAAGAUGAAGAAAACGAAGAGACAAAGGCCAUGGAGAUCAAGGACCAGUCUAACGCCGACUUGGUCAACCUACGGAGGACCAUCUACCUCACCAUCAUGUCGAGCGCCGACCCAGAGGAAGCAGUUCACAAGCUGAUGAAGAUCAACCUGCCCGUCGGCCAGGAACCCGAGCUGCCCUCGAUGAUUGUCGAGUGUUGCUCGCAGGAGAAGACGUACACCAAGUUCUUUGGCUUGAUCGGCGAGCGUUUCGCCAAGAUCAAUCGGCUGUGGUGCGACCUCUUUGAGCAGGCCUUUGUCAAGUACUACGAGACGAUCCACCGAUACGAAAACAACAAGCUGCGGAACAUUGCCAUGCUGUUUGGCCACAUGUUUGCUUCCGACGCUCUGGGCUGGCACUGCCUUUCCGUCAUUCACCUCAACGAGGAGGAGACCACGUCGAGCAGCCGCAUCUUCAUCAAGAUUCUGUUCCAGCACAUUUCCGAGGAAAUCGGCCUGGCUAAGCUCCGGGCACGCAUGACUGACGAGACGCUGCGGCCCAGCCUCGAAGGCCUCUUCCCCAGAGAGAACCCUCGCAACAUCCGAUUCUCCAUCAACUACUUCACCAGCAUCGGCAUGGGUGUACUGACCGAGGAGAUGCGAGAGCACCUCAUGAACAUGCCCAAGCCUGCGCUGCCCGCCCCUGCUGCUCAGGACCGCUCGGAUACGGACUCCGUCUCGAGCUAUUCGUCUUACACUCACUCAUCAUACUCUUCCCGCUCGCGCUCACGGUCCCGAUCUGUGGGUCGUCGGAGCGGCGGUCGAGGCCGAUCGCUUUCCCGAACUCCGCCUCGACGUGGCGCAAGGAGCCGAUCCUACUCUGACGACUCACGGUCACCGUCGCGGUCAAGAUCACGAUCCCGCUCCGAUUCCGUCUCUACUCGUGGGCGAAGGCGAGCGUCGUACUCGGCCAGUCCUCCCCGGCGUGGUGGCCGUCGGGUUGCCAGCAGAAGCCGAAGCUACUCGUCGGGCUCCUCACGGUCUCCGCCACCACGGAACCGCGGUCGCGCACGAAGCAACUCGUAUAGUUCCUACAGCCGCUCUCCAUCUUCUUCACCACGACGCGGCAGAGACGCAGACUCGGCCAGCCCGCCUCCGCGAAGGGGUCGACCGCGCCAGAGCCCACCAGGCGGUCCCGCAGGUCGAAGGAACAGCUCGUCUGUCGGCAGCGGAGGGCCCCGCAAGAAGCCCCGACGGGACAGCCGAUCGCCGUCUCGCGACUAUUCGUCCCGGUCCCCGUCUCGGUCGCCGUCGAGAUCUCGAUCGCCUCCGCCGGCUGCGCGUGGCCGAAGGGGCUCUUAUACGCCGUCACGCAGCCGCAGCCCGCCUCCGCGCAGGGUGAGGGAUGGCUCGCCGGGUCGUCUGAGGGGUGGGAGGUCGCCUAGUCCUCCUUUGCCGGUGAAGAGGAGGCGGUAUGAUAGCGAGAGUGUUUCUCGGUCGCCGCCUCCUUUGAAGCGCGGGAGAAGGGAUAACUAA